GGGCGAAUUUUAUACUGCAGAGGUCUUAUCAAUAAAAUCCCAAAUAUGUAAACUGUUCUUAGACGUCUAAGAUCAUAUCAUCCGGCACAAUCUCGCAAGCCAUAAUAAAUCAAACACGACGACAAACCAAGUUUCCGAUACAGUUCUCGAUCGCAAAAUGGCCCUGCAGUUAUUAGAAAUUACUAACACAGCCGACUUUGCUGAAGUGCUUAAGGUCGAGCACAAAGCUUAUGCCACACCAGCAAACAGUCUAUGGGAAGUCCUCAAAGGUCCAACAUCGAAGAAUGUGCUGAGCGACAAUGGGCUUGGCAUAUAGGCACCUCAAACAGCCACUGGCUCACUGUAAAGGAUGGAGAUAAAUUAAUCAGUGGCGCUGAGUGGAUUGUCCAUGAAACAAAUCCGUUCGAAAAGCCACUGCCGAUUGUGAAAGCCACUUGGUGGCCAGAAGGUAUAACACGAUUUUACUGGACAUCCCCAAGACAAUUACAACUGCUAACCGUACAUCUGAAUGCAGGAUCACUAAAGACAAUUUCCGACCAUUUGUUUGAAACAUUCUUCGGAGGUCGCCCUUCAGUCAUGAAUCGUCCACACUUGCUCUUGAAUUAUUGCUUUGUAGAUCCAGAGCACCGGCGUAAAGGAGCAGGUAGCUUGAUGAUGCAAUGGGGUUGCAAGCUCGCUGACGAAAAGGGACUCGAAGCAUUCGUAGAGUCUACCGAUGAUGGACGUGAAUUGUACAAAGCCCACGGAUUUGUCAUUGUUCGCUCUUUCUUCCUUGAGGUACCACUUGCCACAAAGGGCGAUGAAGAGGAGUUCGCGAAAUUGAAGGAAGCCAUUGCACCUGAGCCGUAUCGUGUUUGGCUCAUGUGGAGACCCAAGGGUGGAAAGUUUGAGGAGGGGAAGACUGUGUAUUCGUGGGAGGAUUAGAUGUUAACACAUACUGUAAACGGCGGACGGCAUUAGCAGUGGUGAAUUUCUACGCCACCAAGUGAAUUGAUUAGAUCAAUUACUGGGGGUCACAAGUAUCGAAUCAUUGUUAUUGGUCUGCCUUUAGUGCUUGAAUUGA